AUGGCAUCGCAGCUAUUAUGUAUAUCAGACAACCCAUACUACUUAAAACUUAAAUUAAAGCUUGAAAGACUGGGUAAUCGACCAGAAAUACAAUUGAAAAUGCCAUAAUCAUCCUUCUUAUUAGAUAGACAAAUGUAUUAAAAAUCUUCAAAAGCGAGGAUUGGUCUCAACAAAGGAGAGAAAAAUAUUUUGAAUCUUAAGAAAUCAUAGAUUUUCCCACAACUAUUCUAAAUGAACUCAAUUACUUAGUUUAAAUAUUACAUCUGA